UUUUCUGUUCAUUUAACUGAAUUUGUAACCGUCAAAUCUUAAGGGUGUUGUGGUAGCGGGUGGUAAAAUAUUUAGUGUAGUUUCAUUAUUCUGUUUAUAUUAAUAUUAAUAGAUGGCCGGAAGACUGCCCGCUAUAGUUAUAGAUAAUGGAACAGGUUAUACUAAACUUGGUUUCGCUGGCAACAGAGAGCCUCAGUUUAUCAUUCCAUCCGCCAUAGCGAUUCGUGAAACUGCAAAGAUUGGUGAUCAAGCCAUUCGAAGGUUAGGACGUGGAAUUGAUGAUUUAGAUUUUUAUAUUGGAGAUGAGGCUCUUGAUUCGACUGGCUAUUCUGUCAAAUACCCUAUCCGCCAUGGAAUCGUUGAAGAUUGGGAUUUAAUGGAGCGUUUUUGGGAGCAAUGUAUUUUCAAGUAUUUAAGAGCUGAGCCUGAGGAUCAUUAUUUUCUUUUGACUGAACCUCCAUUAAAUACCCCUGAAAACAGAGAAUACACUGCCGAAAUAAUGUUUGAGUCAUUUAAUGUUCCUGGCUUAUAUAUUGCUGUUCAGGCUGUUCUAGCUUUGGCUGCCUCUUGGACUUCAAGACAGUUAGGUGAACGUACUUUAAAUGGGCUUGUUAUAGAUUCAGGUGACGGGGUUACACAUUGCAUUCCUGUGGCUGAAGGAUAUGUAAUAGGUAGCUGUAUUAAGCACAUUCCUAUUGCUGGACGCAACAUCACUUAUUUUAUUCAAAGUUUGUUGAGGGAACGUGAAGUAGGAAUCCCUCCUGAGCAGUCACUGGAAACUGCAAAAGCAAUUAAAGAAAGAUAUAGUUAUAUAUGCCCUGACAUUGCUAAAGAAUUUGCAAAGUAUGAUCAAGAACCUGCAAAAUGGAUGAAGAAAUAUGAUGGCAUUAAUGCCAUAACUCAACAACCUUUUUCAGUUGAUGUUGGAUAUGAAAGAUUUUUGGGUCCUGAGAUAUUCUUCCACCCUGAGUUCGCGAAUCCAGACUUUAUGGUGCCAAUAUCUGAAAUAGUUGAUACCUGCAUUCAGAGUUGUCCUAUUGAUGUUAGGAGACCUCUGUAUAAAAACAUAGUUUUAUCUGGAGGAUCAACCAUGUUUCGGGAUUUUGGCAGAAGGUUACAAAGGGACAUCAAAAGAGUUGUUGAUGCGCGAUUGAAACUUAGCGAAACACUCAGUGGUGGAAGAAUUAAACCCAAACCAAUUGAAGUUCAGGUUAUAUCUCAUCACAUGCAACGAUAUGCUGUCUGGUUUGGUGGUAGUUUAUUGGGCUCAACUCCUGAGUUCUACCAAGUUUGUCCUACCAAAGCAGCCUAUGAAGAGUACGGGCCUAGCAUUUGUAGACAUAAUCCAGUAUUCGGUGCAAUGACAUGAGCUUAGAAUAGAACUAUGAGCAAAAAAGAAGAGCCAUACCAUCUGAAAAAAAAAAGAAAUUGUAAUAUAUUGAAAAAUUUAUAUAUAUAUAACUUUUAACAUUGCUUAAGAGAUUACAGUUAGCUUCCAGUUUGAACUGUGAUGAGUUUGGGAUGAUGGAACAAAUUUAUCCUACAAUUUCCAAUCAACAACCAUUGCUCAUGAAUAUUUAAUAAAUCAGUGGUAUAUAUAUUAAUUUAUGUCCUUGUUUUGUUUUUUUUUUUACUAAAAAUUUUCAUUUCUUUUUUAUAUAUAUUAAUAGAAAAUAAUACUGUGUUGUUGACUUAUCAAAAAUCAUCUAGUGAUCAUGAUUUGUAAUUAUUUUGCACUUGUAAUUUUUAUAGAUACACCAUAUGAUGUUAUCAGAAUAAAACUGUUUUCUUUAUUGUUUA